ACCGUGCAGUAAACUCACAAAUUCAGCUCAUCCUUCCAGCCCUUCCCUCCGCGGGGCGGGGGAGCGGGGCCUGGCAGCCGGCACCUUCCUGGCCGCCGGCCCCCCCGGGGAGGAGGCGGCGGGGACAGCCGAUGCCACCUCGGUUUCUCCCCCUUUCAGCGGCCAGCAGCUUUAAAUACAGCGCCGCGGGGCGCGGGGGGGCGGCAGCAGCAGCAUCAUGGGGCGAGCGAUCGGCAUCCUAGGCUGCAGCCUAGCGCUGCUGCUGCUGCUGCUGCGGGCGCCCCCGGCCCGGGGCUCCCCGCACCGCCUGCGCCGGCAGCCGCGGACGGGCGGCGUCUCCCGGAGCCACGGGCCGGCAGGCACCACCUGCAAGAACCAGCCCUUAGACCUCGUCUUCAUCGUAGACAGCUCCCGUAGCGUCCGACCUGAAGAGUUUGAGAAAGUGAAAGUCUUUUUGUCGAAAAUGAUCGAUACUCUGGACGUUGGUGAAAGAACAACCCGUGUGGCGGUCAUGAAUUAUGCUAGCACGGUCAAGGUGGAGUUUCCCCUCCGGACGUACUUUGAUAAAGCGUCUAUGAAGGAGGCUGUAUCUCGCAUUGAGCCCUUGUCUGCUGGCACCAUGACCGGCCUUGCCAUCCAAACUGCCAUGGAUGAAGUCUUCACUGAGGAGAUGGGCACUCGGCCAGCAAACUUCAAUAUCCCCAAGGUGGUCAUUGUUGUGACAGAUGGACGACCACAAGACCGGGUUCAAGAUGUGGCAGCAAGCGCCCAGGCAGCUGGCAUUGAGAUCUACGCCGUUGGGGUAGACCGGGCAGACAUGCAGUCCCUGAGGAUAAUGGCCAGCGAACCACUGGAUGAACACGUCUUUUAUGUGGAGACCUAUGGUGUGAUCGAAAAGCUGACAUCCAAAUUCAGAGAGACUUUCUGUGCUGCAAAUGUGUGCGCACUGGGGACCCACGACUGCCAGCAGGUCUGUGUGAGUGACGGUGGAUCCUACCUUUGCGAUUGCUAUCAAGGCUACACUCUCAAUCCAGAUAAGAGGACCUGCUCAGCUGUGGACCCGUGUGCACCUGGAAGGCAUGAGUGUGAGCAGGUCUGUGUGAGUAACAACGGAUCCUAUGUCUGUGAGUGCUAUGAAGGCCACAGCCUGAAUCCAGAUAAGAAGACUUGCUCAGCCAUGGACAUGUGCACACCUGGAAGGCACGACUGUGCCCAAGUCUGUCUGAGCAACGACGGAUCCUACCGCUGUGAUUGCUUUGAAGGAUACACUCUGAAUCCAGACAAGAAGACUUGCUCAGCUGUCGACAUGUGUGCACCUGGAAGGCACGACUGCGAGCAGGUCUGCGUGAGGGAUGAUCUGUUCUACACCUGUGACUGCUACCAAGGCUACACCCUGAAUCCAGACAAGAAGACUUGCUCAAGAGCCAUAACGAGCAGUCUUGUAACAACUGAAGAGUCCUGUAAGUGUGAAGCCAUAGCUGCCCUGCAGGAUUCAGUCACCUCACACCUUGAAGCUCUGUCUGCAAAAUUAGAUGAAGUGUCUGAGAAGCUGCAGGCGUAUCAAGGCAGACAGCAGGUUGUCUGAGUUAUCGUUCUACUUAAUUCCAAAAUAAUCUUCCAGAAGCAAUCCUUUUUAUUGUGUUCAGCAAGCUUUAUUUUGUUGCACAGCUUACAAAACAGCAGUUGGUUUGUUAUUACUGACAAAUAUCAAGAAGGCUUCAGGAAGACACCAGUCUUGAAAAUAGUGACCCUGAGGAUCUUCAUGUACAGUCACUUUAUAACCAUAAAGCUACCUAUACCUGCUGUGCUUCAGUUUGUACUACAACUAUUACAGUAACUGCAUUUUUAUUGUUUUAUUUAAAAGCAAAUACAGAAAAAAAUAGAUACAAUAUAUCACAUAUAAAACUGUGAAAUGGCAAAGCAGAGUAAAAAAAUGGGCCUAUCUCAUCUGUCCAUUAAAUAGGAAAAUAAUUUGGGGUCUUGUAACUUAUUUUAAUAAAAUAAAGUAUGAUGAGCACACUGA